AUGGGCAAGACAGAAAAACUUAGAAAGUAUCGGAAAUGUUGGGAAACAGAAAAGUGGGCUAAAGGAUGGUUAAAAGAAGCUGAUCCCGAUGCAAAUAAAAUCGGAGAAGCGUUUUGCAAGAUUUGUCGGUCAUUCCUUAGACCUCAUUUGACUGAUUUACAAAGACAUGAAAAAAUGAAAAAUCUGAAUUCUCAACAGUUCAAUCAAGACGUCUUAAGUAAUUCAAUUAUAAUCACUAAUGAACAAAAAGAAUUAGAUUUAAAGUUGUCCCUGUACGUUGCUACUCAUACUUCCAUAAAAAUUAUAGAUCAUCUUGGAGAAAUACUAAAGGUUAUGGGGAAAAAGAAUAAUUCACUUUUAAGUAAUUUAAAGAUACAUCGAACUAAAUGUUCAACAUUGAUUAAAAAUGUAAUUUCCCCAUCAUUACUUGAAGAGCUCAUUCUGGAUAUAGGUACAACUCCAUAUUCUCUUAUUGUUGAUGAAUCGACCGAUGUCUCUAAAAAAGCUAUCAGAGAAGAAUUUUUAGGCUUCAUUGAAUUACAUGCUAUGGAUGCUGUCAACAUAGCUAGUGCAAUCGAUAAUUUUAUUCAAAACGAAGGUCUCGAUGGAACGAAGCUUGUGGGACAAGACUAUGAUGGUUGCGCAACUAUGGCAGGGAAGAUCAAUGGAGUGCAAUAA